CAAUGCGAAUUGAAAAAUGUUAUUUUUGUUCGGGACCGGUGUAUCCCGGACACGGCACAAUGUUUGUACGGAACGACUGCAAGAAUUUCAGAUUUUGUAAAUCAAAGUGUCUCAAAAACUUCAAGAAGAAGCGCAACCCCAGAAAGACCAGAUGGACCAAGGCUUUCAGAAAAGCGUCUGGCAAAGAGUUAACUGUGGAUAACUGUCUGGAAUUCGAGAAGCGCAGAAAUGUGGCAGUCAAAUACCAGAGGGCUUUGUGGAGCAAGACUGUGGAGGCCAUGAAGGUGGUGGAGGGAAUCAAGCAGAAACGACAGGCGCGGUUCAUCUUAAACAGAUUGCGGAAGGGCAAGCAGCUGGAAAAGGAGGAGGCAAUACAAGAAGUAAAGAAGAACAUUCACUUGAUCAAAGCUCCUCAUGCAGGCAAAGCCAAGAUUAUGGAGGAAAAGAUGGUGCAGAAAUUACAAGAAGAUGUGGAAAUGGAUGAUUGAUUGGAUGCAGAUCAAAUUGGUUCUCUUAGCAAGUUCUCUGUUGAAUCGUUGAGACCUAGAUGACUCUUUUGGAGACUAACUUCAGAAAACACUCUAAACAUGUUUAGAUCCCCAGACUUCUUUUCAAACAGUGCCCAAUCCUGUAGGAAUAUAGAAGACUCCAGGAAUGACUAUAACCUGACCCACGGAAGCCAUGGUAUUAAAAACUUUCAAAACCAUGGAACUAAAUAAAAUGAUGUAUGUUGUCAAAUGCCGUAUUUGAUUAAAUCUUGUCCUACAAAA